AUGGCCACGACCCCAAUGGCGCCCACCACGUGCCCGUCCGUCGGCCCGCCCGCGGCCCGCUCGGCCCCAGACGCAGCAGUACACGACCCGACGCCGCGCAAGACGCUCCUCCACCACCCGCCGCGACCGCCGCCGCUGCUUCCACCGGCAGGAACGGCCGCGUUUGCUUCCGACAUGACGACGUUAUGGCCCGAAAGCCGCUGCUACCUCCGGUCGCUCGCGCUCGGGCGCUCCUGUCGCAACAUUUUCAACCUCGAGCCCGGCGCGAUCUUCCUCAACCACAACGCCUAUGGCGUCGCCCCGAAGCCCGUGAUGCAGGCGCAGGCCCACUUUGUCAACAAGAUGGAGAUGAACCCGGACCGGUUCAUGCGGCGAGAAGCGCCCGUGCUGCUGCGGCAAGCGGCCACGUACUUGGCGCGGUUCAUCCAUGCCGAGGCCGAGGACCUCGUGUUUGUGACCAAUGCCACCACCGGCAUGAACGCAGUGCUGCAGUCGCUCGACUUGCAGAACGACGACGAAGUCCUGUGCUUGAACCUCACGUACUCGGCGGUGCUGCAUACGCUUCGGCAUUUGUGCUACUGUACGCAGGAGUUUGUAGAGCUGAAAGUUGUGGACGUCGAGCUGCCCAUUGAGAGCUACGACGCCCUUGUCGAGCAGGUCGUGGACGCCAUUACGCCCAAUACGCGCUUGGCGGUGCUCGACCACAUUGCUAGCACGACGGGGUUCGUGCUGCCUUUGGAGAGACUGAUACCGAUUUUUCACGCGCGAAAGAUUCCCGUGUUAGUGGAUGGUGCAAGUGCGCCUGGUCAAUUGCCGCUGAACUUGAACGAACUCGGGGCGGACUUUUACGUGGGCACGGCGUACAAGUGGCUCUUUGGCUGCAAGUCGUGCUCGUUCUUGCACGUGAGCAAAGCGUACCAGAACACGGUUCGCCCCGUAGUGACGUCGCUGGCGUAUGGCCAGGGCUUUGUCGAAGAGUUUGCGAUCCAAGGCACACGGGACGAAGCGAAUUUCUUGACGAUUGUGUCGGCGCUGGACUUUUACGAGAGCGUGGGCGUAAGUCGCGUGUACGCGCACAACAAGUCGCUGAUCGACUGGGCAGACGAGUAUUUGGCUACGAGGUGGAAGACAAAUGUGUUGCUACCGGCGUGGCAACGUGCGCCGUUUGUCAGUAACGUGCGGAUUCCCGUGGACUGGCCCACGACGUCAGAAGGCAAACCCAUGUCGCACGACGACGCCCUGCCACUGUGCGAUGCCAUUAUGGACUUUUUGAACGACGAGUACCGCAUUGUCGUGCGCGUCGUGCCGUUCCAGAACCAGCUGUAUGCGCGCAUUAGUGCACAGAUGUACAAUGAGCGCCGGGACUAUGAGCAAUUGGGUCAAGCUAUGGUCGAAGUCACGAACACGCCGACGUUGGACGACUACCUCGCGCGACUGCGACUCUAG